UUACCUGGCUGUACUCUAUGCUUUGAUCGGAGCCACGUCAUAUUUGUUGGUUGUGCAGUUGGAUUCGCGGGGUCUUUUUUUCUCGCUUUUCCCGUUUUUAAAUCGGUAUAUUGUGAAAAUUUCAAGCAAUGAAUAUAUUCCGCCUUUUGGGUGAUUUAUCUCACCUUCUUGCGAUUAUAGUUCUUCUCCUUAAAAUAUGGAAAACAAGGAGUUGUGCCGGCAUAAGCGGUAAAUCGCAAAUUUUAUUUGCGAUUGUAUACACAACGCGGUACUUAGAUCUGGUAACCACGUACAUUUCGGCGUACAAUACUUUUAUGAAAGUAAUAUUUAUUGCUGCUUCUGGUGCUACCGUUUUUCUAAUUUAUAUUAAAUUCAAAGCAACAUACGAUCAUAACCACGAUACAUUCAGAAUUGAAUUCCUGGUGCUACCAGCUCUAGUCCUAGCUUUGGCAAUAAACCACAGUUUCUCAUUUGUGGAAGUACUUUGGACCUUCAGUAUUUAUUUGGAGUCCGUGGCCAUUCUACCCCAACUAUUUCUCGUAUCGAAGACAGGAGAAGCUGAAAGUAUCACUAGCCAUUAUCUUUUCGCACUAGGAUCAUACCGAGGACUUUAUCUUUUGAAUUGGGUUUAUCGUUAUUAUGCAGAGGAUUAUUAUGAUUUGAUUGCAAUUGUUGCAGGUCUAGUACAAACUGUUUUGUAUUGCGACUUUUUCUAUUUGUACAUUACCAAAGUUCUUAAGGGCAAGAAAUUACAGUUGCCCGCCUAGCCGACCAAAAGUAUUAUAUUUAAUACUAUUUGCCUGCAAUUGGCUCUCGAUCGAGCUUCAAUUGUAUACAUGUGGGGCUCAACAAAAGAAAGCGAACGUUUUAUACAAAUUGUGCGUUGUUCGUACCAAGCCCAAUAUUUCUUGGACAUGAAUUUUUCAUCGCGUUUCUCAUUAUCUUUGCAUCGCGCUGCACAAAUCGCAUACUGAGUAAACGUUUAAGUUAAUCUAGUGCUUAAAGUAAUAGAGUGUACUGUACAUUGAAAUUGUAUAAUAAUUAAUCAUCUUGAAUAAUAGUGAAAUUGGUAUUGUACGCUAGAAGCGAAAGGAUCAGAUAGAUAAACAAAUAAUGUCUGCCUAUAAUAUUUAAGUUGUUAUAAUUACGAUUUUUAUUAAUUAAAUGACUAUAAUUAUUGAA